AUGUCGACGAGCUGGUACAACAACUGGAGAUACAAGUAUCUUUUUCUUUUCUUUCUUUCUUCUCUACGUCUUUUGUCCAACUAUUGUCUUUUAAUGCCCAAUGGCAUAGAAGACACUAUUAUUAAAGUGAUGGGAGUCACUACUGCAGAGUAUGAUCUACUUUUCUCCGUUACUGCAUGGCCUAACAUAGUCCUUUGCUUAGUAGGUGGAGUACUAAUAGACAGGUUAGUGGGAUUGAGGCUAGGAUUACUCAUUGUGGUUAGUUGUGUACUACUGGGCCAGAUUGUAUGGAGUCUAGGAGGACUCAUUGAUAACUACUUUAUUAUGCUGGCUGGACGAUUCUUACUUGGAGCUGGGUAUGAGUUAGUGGUAGUUAUUGAUAAUGGAUUUAAAGCGAUUUGGUUUAAAGAGGACCUACCACUUGCCAUUUCAAUUGAUAUUGGAUUCAGUAGAAUAGGAGGAACAUUAGCUAUACUUCUUCCUCAGUUAAUAUAUGACAAUCUCACAAUAUUUCAUAGUCCUACUUUUAGACUAGGAGUCACACUACUCACUGCUGCUGGAUUAAUGAUAAUUGGGCUAACAUGCUCUUUAAUAGUGUUUUUUAUGGACUACAAACGAGAGAAACGGAUUGAAAAAUUACUUAAAUCAAUUACAGUUCAUAAAUUCAGUAUUCUAGAUAAUGUGAAGCAGUUUUCAGUACUAUUCUGGUUGAGUACAGCUAUUAAUUUAGCCUAUUUUCCAGUCUUGCAUUCGAUUGUUGGAAAUGGCCAGGAUUUUUUUAUACAGAAAUAUGGCCUUUCAAUUGAAAUGGCAAACUUGGCCAAUAGCUUGUUGUUUGGUGGAGCAAUCAUAUUUAUACCAAUUGCUGGGCUUCUUACAACUAAGAUUGGCUUUCGCUUGUAUUGGUUACUGUCAUCACUUAUAAUAACAAGUCUUCCAGCUUUAUUAUUAUUUAUGUUCAGCAAUGGAGACAGUUACAUACCAUUCAUAGCAGGAAUAUUGUAUUCUCUCUCAUAUACUAUUAUUGGACCAUCACUCACAGCUCUGCCAGCUUUUAUAAUAAAUAAGGAAUUCAUCACUACAGCUUAUGGUAUUCAGAAGAGUCUUUUUAAUGCUUCCUUUUCUUUAAUGGCAUAUGUCACUGGUCUAACUAUUGAUACUCUUGGUUACUUUGUUUUGCAGGGAUUAUUCACACAUUGUAUUAUCUUUUGCAUUGAUUUGACAUUAAUUAUGAUCUUUAUUGAUGUUGCUUCUAAAAAGCCAAAGCUCAACAUUUCUGGACUGUGGCUCCGUAAAAAUACAGGAUCUACAAGUUAA